AUGGCCACCAAGCUCCGUGGUGACUUCCGCACCGGAAAGCGGCUGAACAUCAAGCGUAUCAUUCCAUACAUCGCAUCCCAGUACAAGCGCGACAAGAUCUGGAUGCGCCGCUCUAUCCCCUCAAAGCGCAACUACCAGAUCAUGCUGGCCGUCGAUGACAGCAAGUCCAUGCUGGAAAGCGGCAGUGGCCAGCUCGCCUUCGAGACCCUCGCCCUGGUCGCGAAGAGUCUGAGCAUGCUGGAAGCCGGUGACCUGUGCGUCCUUGGCUUUGGUAACGAAGACCAUGUUCGCGUCGCCCACGAGUUCGGAAAGCCCUUCUCCUCUGAGGCCGGCUCUCAGGUCUUCCAGCACUUCAGCUACCAGCAAACUGGCACCAACGUGCGCAAGCUGAUCGCCGAUUCUAUUGCUCUUUUCCGCGAGGCUCGCUGGAAGCGCUCGCCUGGAUCUGGCUCUGCUGACCUCUGGCAGCUUCAGUUGAUUAUCUCUGAUGGUAUUUGUGAAGAUCAUGAUACUAUUCGCCGUCUUGUAAGACAGGCGCUCGAGGAGCGCAUCAUGGUUGUCUUUAUUAUCGUCGAUGCUGUUAAGGGUAGCUCUAUCCUUGACCUCUCGCAGGCUAGCUUCGAAGCCGAUCCUAGCUCUGGUGGUGAGAUGAAGCUCAAGAUGAAGCGUUACCUGGAAGACUUCCCCUUCCCUUACUACCUCGUUGUUCGUGAUGUGAGGGAGUUGCCCUCUGUCUUGGCUACUGCACUCAAGCAGUGGUUCGCUGAAGUUGUGGAUGUGUCGUCUUGA